CGCUCGACAAGACCAAGGAAAGAGGAGAAGAUGUGAUGGCUGCACAUCAGAUCCCUGAAGCUGCAGCUAGAAGCUUCUAGCCAGAUCAGCGCGACAGGCUCUCGGGUCAGAGCACCCACUCAGUUGCAGGUUGAAACAAGAUGGGCGGCAUUUUGACAUCUCAGGUGGAUCUGAAAAAGCUGGAGAACGAGGAGGCAGAGAAGAAGAGACAGCACGAGAAGGAAGAGAAGAAGAGAGAGCGCGAGGAGGAAGAGAAGAAGAGACAGCAUGAGGACCGUGAAAGAGAACGACAGCACAAGGAACGCAUGUACCAGAAAGAGCUUGACGACAAGGCCAAGGAAAGAGAGGCCCAGCGCCAGAUGCAAGAGAGAGAGUAUGAGGAGCAAGAGAAGAAGAGGAAGCACGAGGAGAACAUCAUAAAGCUGCAGAUCAAAAAAUUGAAAUUGCACAUUCUCUGCGAAACUAACCUCUCAUCCAGUAAGAAUUCCCCAAAGGGCAAUCUUCUCCAAGAUAUGCUCUCAUCCAUCACAUGCCCCACUAUGCCUGAUGUUGUUGAGAAUGGUGAUGACAGCAGUGACGACGAUGUUGAUGACAGUUCAAGAUAGAGAACCCUCCAUUCUUAACCCUUCUGAACGGAGGAACUGUGAUACUCGAUGUAUUGUCGCCUAACCUGCCCAGCACCAAGGACAUAGUCCAUUUCUCCUCUCACCUUCCCUUCCCCUUUGGAAUGCUUUUCCCACCCAGGGGUUUAUUUCUGACUUUUCCUUUCGCUUUUCUGAGUCCUACUUAUUGGCAGUGCUAAUAAAGA